UUUACCUUAUUCCAUACAGAAGAUCUAGCACGAUUGGAUGGGCCUGACCCUUAUGAACAAGAGCUAGAAAUGAUGGCAGAAGUCUCAGCGUAUUUUCGCGUUGCGUAUAAGCGCAUGAUGGACGACUUGCCACGUGCAAUUGACGUCGACUUCUUGAAAGGUCUUCAGCAAAGCAUGCAUUCGGCUCUGAUCAAUGGAUUAUGGAUGGGCGAGGUAGAUAGCAAGGAGGCAGCAAGCCGUCUUCUCAGUGAAAACCCGAAUAUCGCAGCACGACGUGCCAGUCUUGAACAGGUCAAAGAGCGGCUCGAAGGAAUUUGCGCCAAACUGAACAAUUUUGCAAUGUCGGGGCAGUGA